AUGGCCUUCAGGAAUCUACAUGCAGGCAGCAACCGUGAUACCUUUUCGACUCCAUCUGGUAAUAGGUCAAAAACGAAUAACGUGACUAAGCAUACGGCGUCUAAUAGCAAAGUUUUGCCAGUUAAGAAAAAACAACAACACGCUCCUCCAAAAGAAAUACAAUCAGUAAUGACCGGAUAUGAUCCAGUACUCAAGGAUAAUAUUUGGGAAAUUACUUUAUAUGAUAUCCCCUCCACCUGGCCUCAACUCGAAAUUCUUCAGUAUUUUGAGAAAUGGAGUCACAUGAUCGCUUUUAAAAUGAAAUAUCAGAAGAAAUAUUUAACGGUCACCAUUUCAAUCAACUUCAAUAAGUGGGCUAUGAACCUAUGGAAUCAAGGAGUUUGGACCGCUUCUUUAGACCCAUCUAAUGGUAUCCUAUUAACUGGAAUCUUCAACAAAAAAAGGAAAGAAAACGAUUUCAGGCUGUGGUGAAAGACAUACCUGGAAAUAUCAUCACUUUGAUGCUAUAUCCUUCAGACCCUUCUCAAUUACCUAUCUCAUAUUUG